ACUCAGCUGAUCUGAGAACCUCCACACAGGCUUUUAUUUUGAAACUCGAGUGAAGUCCACAGCAGCAACAUUAUAUAAUGGACUGAUCUUCACCUUCACUUCCUGACACCUGGAGAUCCUCACGUCCACAGACGUUUACUUAAAGACAACUUCUGUCCGUCUGUGGUUCAGAGACGAGCAGCCGGAGCCGGGACACUGGGACAGAACCAUGAGCACGAACAUGCUGACCAUAUAUGGAAAGAACGGGUCGGAGACCCCGGAGCCGGUGGCAGCUCAAGUGACAGGCUCGCUGCCGGCGUGGCUUCAGGGGACACUGAUCCGGAACGGACCGGGACUCUUCUCCGUCGGCAGCUCAGAGUACAACCACUGGUUCGACGGCUUGUCGCUGAUCCACAGCUUCACCUUCUGCAACGGUGAAGUCACCUACAGGAGCAAGUUCCUGAAGAGCGAAACCUACAAGAGAAACAUCAAGGCCGACAGAAUCGCCGUCUCCGAGUUCGGAACCAUGAUCUAUCCCGAUCCCUGCAAGAACAUCUUCUCCAGGACCUUCACUCAUCUCUCCAACAUCAUCCCCGACUUCACCGACAACAACUUGAUCAACAUCAUCCGUUAUGGGCGGGACUACUACGCAUCCUCCGAGGUCAACUACAUGAACCAGAUCGACCCGGGGACUCUGGAGACCGUCGGCCGGAUCAACUACAGGAACCACAUCGCUCUGAACCUGGCGACGGCUCAUCCUCACUACGACGAGCAGGGCCACACCUACAACGUGGGCACGGCCCUCAUGGGCCCCGGGCUGCCCAAGUACGUGGUCUUCAAGGUCCCGGCGGACGCUGCAGUUUCAGAGAAGGGGCGGGACAAGCCGGCGCUGAGCAGAGUGCAGAAGGUCGGUUCCAUCCCGCUCCGGUCCACUCUGUCCCCGAGCUACUACCACAGCUUCGGCAUGACGGAGAACUACAUCAUCUUUGUGGAGCAGCCGUUCAAGCUGGACAUCCUCACCCUGGCCACCGCCUACUUCAGAGGCGUCACCUGGGGCAGCUGCCUCCGGUUCGACAAGGACGACAUCACGCUGUUUCACGUCAUCAACAAAAAGACAGGAAAGGUGGUUAAAACCCGUUUCUAUGGCGAUGCCCUGGUGGUCUUCCACCACAUCAACGCCUUCGAGGAGGACGACCACCUGGUGUUCGACCUGAUCACCUACAAGGACAGCAGCCUGUACGACACCUUCUACCUCCAGAACCUGAGGAGCAGCAGCUUGUCCGAGAGCAACAUGAGCUUCUCCCCCCCGACCUGCCAGAGGUUCGUGCUGCCGCUCAGCGCACACAAGGAAUCUCCCAGAGGAACCAACCUGGUGACCCUGGUGGACACCACGGCCCAGGCGCUGGUGCAGGAGGACGGAUCCGUCUUCUGUCGGCCCGACGUGAUCUUCAUAGGUCUGGAGCUGCCGGGAAUCAACUACAACUUCAACGCUAAAAAGUACAGAUACUUCUACGGCUCCAGGGUGGAGUGGUCUCCUCACCCCAACAAGAUCGCCAAGGUGGACAUCGUGACCCGGGAGCACAUCGAGUGGACGCAGGACAACUGCUUCCCCUCGGAGCCGGUGUUCGUGGCGUCUCCAGGAUCCGUGGAGGAAGACGACGGAGUCAUCCUGUCCUCCGUCAUCUCUCCAGAUCCAAACAUCUCUCCGUUCAUGCUCAUCCUCAACGCCAAGAACUUUGAGGAGAUCGCCCGAGCCUCCAUCCCGGCCGACGUCCACAUGGAUCUUCACGGACUCUUCAUCCCCGCCGCCGCCGUUUGACCUGCACGUCGGCCGCCAUAUUAUUUAUUCUCUGAUGUACAUUCUGUAAUAUUUGACUUUGAAUUAACUUUCAGACAUGAGCCUCUUUCACUUUUUAUUUGAUCUCUGCACAGGAUUUAUUUUUGUCUCUUAAAUCACAAACCAAAUGAAAUUGAGAUCCUCAAUUAAUCUAAAAUUCUGUUUCCAUCUUUCUCACCAAAGUUAACGUUGUUUAAUUUUCUGAUAUUUGUUGUACUGCAGAAGUUUUUUUAUAUGAGACAAUAAAGUGAACA